AUGACGAACACGACCCGACUCCUCCAGCGCGAACGACAACCGUCCCUGGUUCCAGUAGGCGCUGGCCCUCGAGGGCAGAAGCGGCCUCGCGCGGCGGCGGAGAUCGGCGAGGAGGAUGAGGACCGCGUACAGCGCCCAUGCAAGCCAGAGCCAAGUCUAAGCCAGGCGCAACCCUCGAGAAAUCAAGGAGCUAUGGGGCUACCCCGUGAGCCAAUUCAGGGCCUCGACCCCCAAGACCACGGCCUUCCCAUCGCGACCGGCGAAAUGGCGCGAAGGAACCCUGCGCUCGCACGCUUGAUGGCAGCGCCCUACCGUCGAAAACUAGACUGGCGGGAUGGAUUGCUUGGAAAUCCUGUGCCCAGGGCUUUGCCGACCACUUCGCAUGUAUACUCAGCAUACAUGCAAACUCGCCAUCCCGAGGCAACGGCUCCCUGUAUCCACUGCGUCUCAGGCAAUGGACCGUGGAAGACGUGUGUCGUUGCUGAGCUCGACAGCAAAACGAGCAUGUUUCGCUGCGUCAAUUGCCGUUAUAGUCGGUAUGGGGGCUUUUGUGGGCUGAGUGCGUUUAACCAAGUUCCGGAUGAAGUAGAGCGUCUUUUAUCGAUGCGUAACAUGGCUAACUCCAAGAAUUGGCUUGCAGAUAAGAGGGUCACCGACGUGGGACAGCUUCCUAAGACGCCAGGAAGCCCAUCGCGGCCAGAGCCAACACCGACACCCUGCGCACCUCCUCCCGAGUGGGUUCCACCUCUUUUCAUGUCCCCUGCAAGACAUUAUGCUCAACGACCCAGUUUGCCCUCGCCAUCGCUGCCCUUCCGCGGUGCGCGAUGUGCGCAGCCCAUCGAAAAUGCCGAAAGAAAGCGCAUCGGCGCCCCGGGCCUGGCCAAUACUGCGACUGCAGCGGCGGCGCAAACUAAACCCACCGAAGCCUGUCGGGCGCCCUCUCUCGCCGACGGAAACGUUCUCCCGUUUCCACUCGGACAGGACGCCAUCCGUAAUCUUCCCUUGCUGACACGCGCCCAGGCAGACCUGGAAAACCACCUUGCUAUCAUCGAAGAGCGGAUCCGCGAUCUUCAAGAGCAAGAGCGCAAGGAGCGGGAGUUGGCGUUAACUUGGGGCCAAUCUCGUCAUGGUCGGCGUUCGGAAUCGCGGCUAUAG